AUGCCACCUAGACGAGACGAUGGUAGUAUAUUUCUUAGUGUAGCGACGUAUCGCGACGAGAACUGUUUCAAUACAGUAUACAAAGCUUACGAAAAAGCCAAGAAUCCUGAAAAAUUGUUCAUUGGCCUGACACAGCAAAACUGCCACCAAGACUGCAAAUCAGGUGUGCUAUCGAAUCUGUCCAUGGUAGAAGUUCCUCCAGAUGAUGAUUGUUACCAGAAAUUCUGCGACACCGAUCUUGGGCAGCCCUUUUGCGCGAAUAGUCAGCUUCGUGUCCUCAAUAUUGACGAACCGGAAUCGCUCGGCCCGUACGCGGCACGGUACUUUACCAGCAAGCUCUGGUACGGUGAGCAAUGGUACAUGCAAAUUGAUGCGCAUAUGACUUUUGCCAACCACUGGGAUAGUAUCUCGGUUGACAUGCUGAACAAGGCACCCUCCUCGAAGCCAAUUCUAAGCCACUAUCCACCGUCGCAUUUGGUCGACUUGGACAAGCGUACAGAUAGAGCGGGUGCUCGACUGUGUGGUCCAGUCUUUGCCACUUCAGAUUUAGAAUCGCAAAUUAUUCGAUUGGAAGGAGCAGGAUACGACCCGCAACAGUUGGAGUAUCCUGCCUUCGCACCGUUUACGGCGGCUGGCUAUUUCGUAGCCCACUCGAACUUCCUACGCGAGGUUCCGUUUGACCCGUUCCUACCUUGGAUUUUCAUGGGUGAAGAAAUCAUAAUGAGCACUCGUCUGUGGACUGCCGGCUACGAUAUCUUUAGUCCAAGCCGGUCGGUGGUUGGCCACAUGUACGUGCGUCGACACAAACCCAAAUUUUGGGAA